AUGUCAUACUCAAUAUGUUCUCCUCACGCACUCAAAGUCCUGCAACUUCAAGUUCAGCAUUUGCACAAAGAAAAUUGUGCCCUUAAAGAGAACAACAAGGUCCUCCUUGCUGAGAAGCCCAAACAGAAGCAGCAUGUAGAAGCACCUGACAAACUUGUUGCUCAUGAGCAGACCAUCUCACUGUAUGCUCAUAAAUACAGCAUGACAGUGGAGAUGUUUCUAGACAAUGACCUUAUCACCAAGAAGUGCCCAGAUUCACCUACAUUGUUCAAUAGCAACGACCAUUACAAGACCACUUUGACCCAAGAAUCCGCUUUCUUGGAUGAACUAUAUGCUCAUUUCCCAGAACAUGUCCAUCAAGCCAUGCAAAGUGUCAAUAAGUGCAUCAGUGAUGCUUGUUCUAACAAGAUCAAAAAAUUAUGUGGUGUCACGGGAGAUAUAUUUGACCUUCCAGCGAAAUACUUUGCCAAUCCCAGUCACAACAGAGCCAGCAUCGUCAAAAUCCAAAAGAUGCUUGGAGUGUCUGGCAAGAUGCAGACUUAUAAAAUAUUUCCGCAUCUCUUGUUCCCAGGUCUGCAAGAAGACGCGACCCUGAAGACUGUUUUCGGCAAUUGGAUACUUUUUGCUAAGAUUCUGAGAGCCUUGCUACAUGGUGUCACCUUGCUUCAUCAAGAACCUUGUGGUGGAUUGAAGACUAAUGCUCAGAAGUGGAACUUUCAACAAGUCACGCCAGGGUCUAUUGCCUGGGCAGCAGUUAUGGCAAUCUUUCUACUCUCACCCGACACGGAGUUUCUGGGUUCAGGAGUGGGGAAAUUGUCAACCAUUAACUACAGAGACCUGUUCUUUCAAUACAAGAAGCUGCUUGUUAUGAAGUGGGACAUGAGACACAUCAAGAACAUUGUGACCAGUAUCGACAACCACAUUUUUGGCACUGCGAAAUUGUCUACCUUUCAUCUCGCCGGUGACAGCAAAGCAGACGAGGCUCCACUGGCCUCAUCAGCAAUCUCAGCGGUCUCAUCAGCAGCACCUGACAGUCAAAUCAUCAUCCAGCAUGAAGAACAAGGAUCAGUAUCUCAAGCUGCUGCUCGUACUAAUGUCGAAGUGGUAGCUGGCAAUGUAGAUGACUUAGAAGCCUGUGAUAUCGGUUCAGAUAUAGGCAGGGGUCAAGGGAAGGCAAAGAGGGGGAAGAGGCCAAUAGCUGAGGGCGCUCGUCAUGGUCGUUCCUGUAAAAUGUAG